CACAGAACACCAGCAUCAUGUCGGAUGCCAAGCGUGAGGCGAGCGAUGGGUCAGACAUUUGCAUCCCCAGCAAGCUGACCGUCGAUGAGCUCCGCGAUGAACUGCGCUGCCGCAAACUCCCAACCACCGGCCUCAAACCUUCCCUAAUCACACGACUGGAAGAAGCGCUUUCCCUGCCCGGUGCGCCCAUGCACUGCCUGGCCACGGCUGCCCCAAAGCCCGAGGAGAAGCGCAAGAAACGCGCUAGCAACAAGAAAGAGCCCACGCGCGAUGAGUUUGGAUCAGAGGAGGAAUAUCAGUUGGCCUGGACCAAAUGGCGUGAAUCUCGCGACAACAACAACGAGUCUGUCAAGCGCUCUCGUAUGAUGGCCAAGAAGAAGCGCGAGGAACAGGAACGCGUCCACGAGGAGCGCGAGGCCCAGAAUCGCAAACUGGAAACCGUCGUUUCCUCCAUGCGCGAUGAGGUCAAGUUUCUCAACAAGGUCCUCAAGACCCCGGAGCUGCUUGACCGUCAGGAGCUUGUGCGCCUUGAGGAACUCUUGGCCAAGGGCAUGCCGGCCAAUGCUUCCUAGUUCUCCAGCCAUCCCUUUGCCGCCAAUGUGCUGCAACUC